CCCAGCAUCCACCGCCGCCCGGGGAUCUCGAAGCCUCGCCGCCAGGACUAGGUGAGGCCUGGGCGGGAUGCGCGCUUCCAGGGAUCUUCCCCAAGCGGGUGUCGGCGGGGAGCCUCCCCUCGAGGUCCGAAAGCCACAGCUCACCCUCGGAUAAGCUCUCCAACUGUCUACAUGGUGAGUUCAAGGUCCUAAUCAGGAGUACGAGAGAAUUCACACCAGCCAGAGCCGAGAAAGAUGGUGUCACAGUGCACUGGCCAGCAGGAGUCUCCUGGGGACUCCUGGGAAGGGUUCAGCGAUGACGCCGGUGAAGUUGAUGGCUUCUCCAGCCUCCUGAACUUUCACCAGCUCUGUGACCAAUCAGAUGUCAAGCUUAGUAAGCAUAAAGCCGCCUGGAUUAACCCCGAGUACGCACAGCAAGAGCUGCCAGAUUCGCCCGCCCUGGUGCCAGCAGUAGCAAACAGAAGAAGCUACUCUGUGGGGGACACCAUACUUCCACUGUGGCCAGUGGGGAACACCAGUACAGAGGCAUCACUUUCAAAGGACACUGUGAAUUCCAUAGACAGUCCCUUGGCCCUUGGUGCAGGUGAAAACUGCAGCGAGAUCUCUUUGACCUUAAUGAAGAAGCGACAUGAACUUCCACCACACAGCUCGAAGAUGCCUGUGUCCAAGACUUUGGCCCCGUCCCCACAUCCUGAGACGGGAAGUACUUUCCCCCAGCUGCCCCACAGAACAGCUUCUCCAGAUUCAGGUGCUGUUCAAGUCAGUAGAAGAAACACUUCUUUGAAUUCCUCCUCAUUAAAAGCACUUGUGCUUCCUGUUGAUAUAGAAAAGGAAAAUGCUCAUUUUUAUGUUGCAGAUAUGAUUAUAUCCACAAUGGAGAAGAUAAAAUAUAACAUGUUGAGUCAAUGGCAUAUAGACAACUGGAAACUGGAGGAAACCAGUGGAUUACUUAAGAAUGAUCAGGCUGACUCGGAAGUGACUUUUUCUACCAAUAUAAAUCAAGACUCAGGGUCUUCUGCUUCUUCAGACAGUGGCUAUGAAGGUUGCGCUGCAUUACAGAUUAGCCCCAUGGUUGAAUCAUCUACUCCCUAUGAGGCUGAAAAAGAGGAUUGCAAAUGUGACUUCGAUAAAUUUAUUGUCCCAGAAUUUGAAAGGUUUGGCAGUGCCACCGAAACCUGUGGCUGUCCUAACAGCAACUCUCAGAGUGUUGUCUAUGCAUCAAACUUCAAUUCUCCUGAGCGAAUAGCCAAAGAGCUGUACCAAGUAUUCCGCAAAUGCUGCAUGUUGGCAGCAGUUAAUUAUCAGCUGCCAGCUGCCCUGAAUGCACCUGACUCCACAGUUGUAAACAAGGAGUUUGUGCAAAAAGACUUUGAAUUCAGUGCUGAGGUGGUACAGGAAACUAAAUUCAAGUCGAGGAUGAGAGAGACGGAAGACUGGCUGCCACCUCAAUUUCAAAUCAUAUUUAAUGUUCAUCCGCCCCUCAAGAGGGACCUCGCAUUAGUAGCCCAGGAUUUUCUCUGUGCUGGCUGUGGAACUCCGAUAGAACCUAAGUUUGUAAAGCGGCUCAGAUACUGCGAAUACCUGGGGAAGUAUUUCUGCCACGAGUGCCACACUGCCGCCGAGGCCUGCAUCCCUGCCCGUAUCCUCGCCUCGUGGGACUUCAGGAAGUACCACGUCAGCAAUUUCUCCAGGCGCCUCUUAGACAGCAUUUGGCACCAGCCCGUUUUCAACCUGCAGAGUGUGGGCAAGAGUCUGUCCGGGAAAGUCAGGGAGCUGGAUCGCGUGAAGGAAAUCCAGGAGCAACUUUUUCACAUCAAGAAGCUGUUGAAGACCUGCAGGCUUGCUGAAAGUACAUUGCAGGCAUUCAAGCAGGUGCCCAGACACCUGACCGAUGAGUGCCACCUUUUCUCACUGGAUGACCUGGUCAGGAUCAAGAAGGGCCUGCUGGUGUCCACACUCAAGGAUCUUCUGAAAGCAUCCCUGGCCCAUGUGGCCAGAUGCGAGCUAUGUCAAGGAAAGGGCUUCAUCUGUGAAUUUUGCCGGAAUCCUGCUGUUAUUUUCCCAUUUCAGACUGCAACGUGCAGAAGAUGCUCAGCGUGCAGAGCCUGCUUUCACAAACAAUGCUUCCAGGCCACACAGUGCCCCCGAUGUCUAAGGAACACAGCCCGGAGGAGACUUCUAGAAAAUGUGCCCGCUGCAGCCACCUGAUGCCCCUCUGGGUUGUGAGGAAGCUGGACAAUGGCUAUGUUUCUGUGAUUGAUUGCAUGUUUCCAAUAGCGAGUAUUGUACAGUAAGAGAUCUCUCCUGUAUAUCGUGAAUGUUUAGGGGAAUGCAGAUUCCUCAUUACUGACUGUUUACAAAUGUUCCAUGUUUUUUGCUGCUACAGUGAUUUGGUCUCCUACAUGGACCUCAGAUCCAAUGGGAUGGUCAAGACCAUCUCGGUGCAUUCAGGCACUGGGGAUUCAGUUUGAAGCUCAUGCUUGUCCUGGGCACUUCUUAAGGGCUGAAUCAUCUUCCAGGCAGGCCUAGGUGCUGUGUACUUGGGCAUCCCUAAGAGCAGAGCUAUACAGUCAUCUCAGUGCAGAGGGGUUGACCUCAGAGCCUUGCUCUUGCCAGGUAAGUGCUUUCAGCCACUGAGCCAUCUUCUGGGCCCUCUCUCCAGGGAUCACAAAUAGUGGGACUGUCCUGGUCACUUCCAUGCACAGGGUGUCACCAGAGUUUGAAUUCACAAUCGUCCACUUGCCUUGGUGCAUGCUUUAAGCCAUUGAGCAUCUUCCAGGGCUCACUACUACUGUUGUUGUUUUUUUAUGGGGUGGGUAGUGGGGAGGGUUUGGGACCUCAAGGGAUGCUCUUUGCUCUGUGCUCAGAACUGACCUUUAGCAGUUCUCAGGGGACCAUAUGUAGUCCUCUGGAACUCAAAUGGGGCUCAGAAGGAUACAAGGCAAGUGUCUUAGCCCCUGUAUUAUCAACCUAACCCCUUCUACUUUUUUCAAAAAGGUUUUUUUUUAUUUAAAAAUUGUAUUUAGUUGAUGUUGCAGCCUUUUUUUAAUGAGUUGUAACUGACAAAAUAAAAAAGCUAUCCAGUUUCCUUUCCUGUAAAACUUGUUUUGUGAGACAGGUUAGUACUUAACUGAAUUAAAAACAUCCAAAAAUUUU